AUGUUGGACUUCAAACCCCAAAAGGAAAUAGUUUACAACCGUUUUCUACCAUAUAAAGAUCAACUGGAUGAUGAAUCGAACAAGUUUCUUUCGGAGAUUAAAUAUAAUCUUGGACGUGCUGUAGUGUUCAAAGAGACAAGCCCAGGAAUACUUUACUGGAGUAACAGACUGACAAAGUAAGUUGCUUCGAAUGAUUCACCAAGUGGUGAUCUACUCCACCGUAGUAUAGCCGGUGUAUUAAAACCGUUAAAUUGUAAGCUUAACUUAGUUGAAAUUAUCUGGGGAUCAUGUCCAAAGAUAUAGGGAUUUUUAUGACGGGUCUCUAGACAUUGGGCUACAAGUAGUUUGAGGAUAGUCUUGAUUGCUGAAUCAUGCCUGCAAGCAAGAAAUUUUUUUAACAAAGGAAUGAUCAAAAGUGACAUCAAGUAAACAAAAUGUCAGCCUUUCACAAGAGGCUUUUUACAGAGGCUUUCUUAGGGUAAAAUUCUGAAAGUGACAUUGCUUUUAAACAGUGACGUAGGACAGCUAAGAAGGCAACAAGCGACACAACGAUUGGUAGAAACUGCGACAGCAACAAACAAAAAUGCAAAUACAGUAGUAAAAUAUUACCAGGGACAUGGCUUCCUCCUCAAAACAUAAAAAAAUAGGGUUUUGAAUUUCAGACUAGGGACAUACGUACCUCCUAAGAGGUCCUCAGUAUAGCAAAAAUGAAGGUUCAAAUCAGGUUGUAACAGGAACCAGACCUGUUGCCUUCCAGGAAUAAUGAUAACUUUCUCAACGGAAUCCUUCACACUCCAACCGAAAUCGAUUUAAAUCUGAAACGCUCAAUUUUGGGUUAAGGGUAAGUCCAUUUUAGUUACCCCCAGUCUUUAAAGUUAAACCAUGCUUUAAAGAGUUAAAGGCACACCGAAAGCUAGUGGAGAACACAUGGCUGGAGCUUGGCUCAGUUUGAACCAUAUAAGAGUCUUGCUACUCUCCUCUGGAUGGGAUGGCAAUGGGGUAGUUAGGGGUAUUGUGAUGGGGCAUUUUAAAAAAUUCCAAGUAAAAUAAAUACAGUCAUACCUUUAUUAAGUGGCCACCCCCAGGUACUACAAGUGGCUGCCGAACGGAGGUUGGCUGCUCAAUAGAGGUUCAUCAUAAAUUAGCAUAGUCUUUACUGGUGUCUAUUGGUCCACGACCAGUCAUCACCUCCUCUCUGGGACUUUAUUUCCUCAUUAUACUUUUCAAUUCAAGUCAGUUUAUUUCUCGCAAUAUUUUAGCUAGUCCUAAGUCACAGCCUUUUUAGCGAGUUGCUUACAGUGAUAAAUGUUUGUAUUUGAUUAAUUUCAAAGUUUGAGUAUGAUGGCCAAACGUGAACCAUUCAGUUUUCUAGUUACCCACCAUCAGGCUAAGUGUAUUAAGCGCUUGUUGGUGGGUGACAACAUUAGAAGAACUCUUUUCAGGAUGGCAGAAAGGUGGUCGUCACCACUUGAUAGAGGAGGCAACUUAAAUAAUUAUAGAGGUUUAAUUAACAUUAUUGCUUUUUACAAUAUUUUGUGACUUUGAUGUACUGGCUGCUUAACAAUUUAAGCCCUAAGGGUGAUCAGCAUCAAAUUUCUCCUUUUAAUAUCAAUGAUUUGUAAAACAGAGUUGUCAUGAGAAUUAUAAACAUGAUCACCCCAGAUGAUUUUGCUUGAUAUUUUAUCAAAUUUUCCCCACUACUUCUGUUGGAAAUGAAUAGGGGCAACAAAUGAGAAUUCAGAUUUUGAUCUUAGGGUUUAAAGGGUUAAAGAACCAGUUGAGAGAAUUUGACAAAAGAUCAAAGCACUUUCCCUAUUGAGAUCAUUACCGUAUUUAUUUGAAUAAGCGCCCAACCUCGAAUUUGUACCCACCUCGAAUAAGUGCCCAUCCAGAAGGCAGAAAAAUUUAAUAAGCACCCAGCCUCAAAUAAGCGCCCAUCCCACCCCACCUCCCUCCCCCUCAAACUAAAACUAAAAUAAGCGCCCACCCCCUUUCUGGCCUCUCCCACCAAAAAAACCUUAAAUAAGUACUAAUAAGAGACUUGCCCGACGACGGAGUUUUCUUCAGAGUAUUUUACAGAAACCUUGCUUUGUUACAUCUUCGCGUUUUAUUGUUACCGUUUAUUGUAUUGUUGCAAAAUUAACAUACUACACUUGCUGAAAGUGUAGAAAUUUAAUAAGCGCCCAGCCUUGAAUAAGCGCCCACCUCGAAUGAGUGCCCACUCUCAAGGUCCAAAAAUUUUAUAAGCGCCCAGGGUGUUUAAUCGAAUAAAUACGGUAUUCUCGUAAUUGGGAUGUUAGUCACUCUUGAGAUUAAAACGGUUAAAAGAGCUUCAACUGACUGUAAUGUUACAGGGUUCUCAUUAAGUUUUAAAGUAGACAGCUAGGGUGUAAAAUUAGGUGGCUUGCCAAUUGAGUUUUGUGGGCAAUUUCAGGCUUUCACUCUCUCCCUUUACCCUAUUUCCCCAAAAGGUAGAUGGCUCAAACCUCCAAGUAGCUGUUUUUUAGCUGGCUGCCAGCACUUAAUGAGAACCCUGCUGUCAUGAAACGAGAAACUGUUGGUAUGUUAAGAAUCAUAAGCGUCCAGUAGGCUUUUUGACAGUGAUACAUGUACAUUUAAAAUAUUAUUAGCCCUUAGCUGGAAAAGUAAAAACAACUGCAACUGAAAAUUGAAGCUAACUGUUUUUGUUUUAAUUCUUCAGCUAUUUAAAACUGUAUGGAAGAAAAUUUUCCAAGGAGGACCAUCUGAAGUUUGUCCACAUCUUUUUUGAGCUGACAACAGCACCUAAUUUGGAUCCUCAGUAUGUCAUUGCAUUCGGCCAUGUCUUAAUUCUCCUGCUAAAGUAAGUGGAAUGAUCCUAGCAUACAAGUGUGCCUUACAUUGUUUCAUUUAGUGAAGAUUUGCCAUCUCUAACAGUGAUUUUGUUACAAAUAGUUAUGUUGAGUCCUGAGACUCAUCUUCAGAAAAAUCAUGAGUCCUUGUCCAGAACCAUCAAGUCCCAGUUUUAAAGCAACGAGUCCCUGGGUCUUUAACCUCACAGUUAAUCUGAUCACAGACCCCAAAACUCUGUAUUAAUUACAGUUUACUGACAAUAAAAUAUCUCUUUCUAUUGUCAAGCACAAAAAAGACUAAAAAGAAAUAUGAGUUGUUAAACAACAGCCACAGAAAUCACACAAACAGGAUACUCUACAAAAAACAUCUUAUGGUCUGAUGUUACAUCUUGUGGGACGCAUACCACAAAUUAGUUUGCGUCUUUGGGAAUUUUUAUGUAUCAGGGAUGCUGGACAAAGAAGUAAAUGAAUGCUUUCAUUCCCUAAUCAAGGUACAUUUUUUACUAAGUGAGAACAGUUAUUCAUGGUAUGCAUGCUGUUUACGUACGAUGUGAAGAUCAAGCAAUUGAUCUGAAGGAAGUAGAUGCAGAUGUAGAUGUUGUUGUGGCUGCUGUCAAAAACUGUCUGUAGAUUAAUUGUCUGGUUACAUCACAGCUAAAGGAUUUUCAGUUUUUGAGACCCACUCGGUUUUGAACUAGGACUCAGUGGUUCUGGACUGACACUCAAUAUUUUUCACAAGAUACCGUAUUUUUUCGGUUAUAAGGCACAGCAUUUUUUCAAAGAAAUUUUGCUUUAUUAACCUCGAUCUGUUCCAGAAUUGGGGUGUGUCUUAUAGCCAAGUAUUUUCAUGAAAUGAAAUGCAAGAAUGUCCUAUUUUCUUACUUUAAACUGGUAUAAAACAAAAAAUAGAAAAGCUUAGAGUAUUGGUUAUUGACUUUACUUGACUUGGUGGUUCUGAAAAGAACCGGGUUGGUUCUGAAAAGAAUCAGGGUGCUCUGAAAAGAGCCGUUUUAUGUCCUAUGUAGCUAUUUGUAACAAAAUCACUGAUUUAUUGAGCUAACAAGCUGAGGCAAUGUUUCUUAGCAUUUCCUGAUGUUACGGAUUAAACAGGUUAUUUCUCCUAUCAUCAAUUCUUUUAGGAAGCGAGAAUUGCUGUCAAGAUCUGACCUUGUGUUACCGUGGAGACCACUUUAUGAUCUUGUGGAUUUCACAUUAUAUUCCAAAUAUGAAGUUUCCGGACUCAAGAAACAUCCCCUGUAAGUGGAAUGUUCAGUAUGACUUUGAACUUGCAUUUACAGAACAUGGCGGUUAAAACGUAUCUAAACAAGGGUGAACUCGGUGCUUGCAAGAAUCAUUCAAGAAUCAUUACUAUUGAUUGACUCACUAAAAUUGACAAAGUUGUCAGAUUUUGGUGCUUGUGAGUUGUCCUUUUAUGCUUGAAAAUUAGCUAAUUCAAGUUGGAAAAAAUUAAUGCCUAUUUGUAUUCAAGUUAUGAAUUUAAAUUUAAAGGUGGUUAUGAUCUUUGAUCUUUUUUUAUUCAUACAGAAAGCUUGAAGAAACAGUCAAGCAUGUUGUACGUGUUUCAAGAGUGUAAGUAUUAAUGUUAUAAAUGUUGGUGGUGUGAGGCUGUGUUCUUACAAAAAUUGAGGGGAGCCCAAUGCUUUGAGCUUGUGAAAUCCAGGGUACCCAGUGUAGGAUUUCUAUGAAAAAUUUAAGAUUUUCUAAUUGACCUUUUUGAAGAGCAAAAGUAAGGCACCAGAGGCCAGCGGGUGCUACUUGAGCUCAGACCCAUGGUUUAAUACAGAUGACAUUUAAAGAAAGACUAAGGGGGCAUCAAUGAUUUUCAUUGAAGCGGAAUAUGGAUUGAUGAUAGUGGUGCUGGUUCAUCAAAUCCUAAACAUAAGUGUUCAUUGUUGCUUUUGUAAAUGAAUUGUAAUAAAAACAACUUUGGAAUUUUAAUGUCUUAAGGGCUUGCUAAACUGACCAAUUAUAGUGCACAUACAAGCUGAGAGAUAUAAUAAUCAAUUGUCGCUUUGAUAUUCAGGUAUUUUUCUGAGGAGUCCACCCAAGAAAUGCUUGAUGAAUGGAGACCACUGAUGUGUCCUUAUGAUGUGACUUUUGGCAAAGCAAUGUUUUACUUUUCAUUGUUUUUACCCACUACUUUACCUCCUGAGAAGCAUGACAAAGGUUUUAAGUAGGUAUUCUUUUAAACAAUAGUUUAUUUUUGGUUUCAAAACACUGAUGUAGUAAGAUGAGUAUAAAUAAUAUAGGAUAAACCUUUAUCACAGACACACAGCCACCACCUCACCUAAAAAUGAACAUAAGCAUUUUGCAUGUCUAAAUAGCCUUUCAGUUAACAACUUGAGAGUCAGUCAGUUGUGUUAGAACAAAGCUUUUUGUUCUCUUGGUAUUUAACCUUGCAGUCACAUUAAAUAGGCCUACUGUCAUUGUCAUUAUCUUAUUUUGUAAAUACACGUACCAUGUAUAUUGAAUUAAACUGUCAUGCAAUACUUUAUUUAUAAUAGGUCACAUAGGCGAGAGAUGAUUCUUAUUUUUCUCUUUUUCUUAUCAUGAUGUAAAGCGCAUUGGGGACAGAAAUGCUCUUAAUAAGAACCAUUAUUAUUAUUAUUAUUAUUAAUAAUAUUUAGAUAAGAAGGGUAGCACAUGCUUCACUUGCUCAAUUUGAAUAAAUCUUGUUUCCUUUUUGUAGUUUAUUGGAUUUUGCUUAUUUAUUUAUUGCAGAAUGUGGUUUCAUGAGUUGCUGGGUAUUUGGCAAUCAUGCACAAACAGUGCUAGGUGGGAAGAGGUAGGACAACUUACCACAAAGCCUUCUUCCUGUUCUUGACAGUUGCUUUAACUGAUAACUAAACCCUCCUUAAAGGUGGUUUCUGGCAUGAGUAGCCAUGAUAAGUAUGAUGAUGAUGGUGAUGAUAUUUACUAUGAUGAUGAUGAUGAUUAUUAUGAUGUUGAUGAUGAUGGUGAUGAUAAUGAUGAUGAUGAAUAUGAUGAUGUUGAUGAUAAUGCUUAUGCUGCUUCUGUUGCUGCUGCUGCUGCAGCUGCUGAUGAAAUUGUGCUUCUUUAUUGUUAUGUACAAACUUCAAAAACAAAAAUUCCAAAUCAUGAAAACAAUCUUGAGUACUUCUCAUUGAGGUUUCAUUUGAUUGGUCAUACAAUGUAUGAAAUGAAUUUUUCAUAGACCAAAAGUUAGAAUUGGUCAUGACGUACAACAUAAUAAGCAGUGCCACAAGGAAGUAUUGCUGAAGAGGUUUCAUGUAAUUGGUCACUCUGUAAAAUUUCAUCCAUAGACUCAAAAGCAUUAGCGAAUAUCAUAACUUAUUCAUCCAUAAUUUAUUUCAUUAUUUUUUUUGUUAUAUUGCUUUUAGUCCUGCUUGAAGUUAUUUGCAAGGCUAGCUAAGGACAACAUUGGUUUUGUUGAUUGGAGUCCAUACCUCCCAACUGUAAGUGACUUCCUAUAUUUAUCAGAAUUUAUGGACCUUUUUGGGGGCUGGUCACUUUGUUAACUGUGAGGUUAGGCCAGCCAUGUUGAGAAAGCUUAGAAGAAUUUCAAUCCAAGCCCCCACUUCAUCCUAGCUUUUUAGGAAUGACUCCCUAAAAUUUUACAUAAAUUGUAAAAGUGACCCCUCACCUGAUUGCUGUGGAAACUACCAAUAUUCUUAUUUUAAAUCAUGUUGAAGUUCACCACAUACCUCAUCCUCAGUCAUAUUUGUAAGAUCGGCAUUUACCAUUCAAAGCUGUUAUAUUCAAUUUCAAUUCAUGCUUGUUAGUGCCAUGUACUACUUUCAUGAAAUUUAUUGAAAUGACUCUCCAGGUAACGCUCCAUGAUCUGAAAGUAACUUUCCACAACCAAUCCAGAUUUUCAAAGUGACGUCCCCCCCCCCCCCCCCCCCCGGAAAAAUCGCCAGGGCCCCCCCCCAGGGAAAAACAAAAAAAAACAUUUUUCUAUUUUUUUUCCAAAGGAAACAAAACCCCUAAAAAAAAAAAAAAAAAAAUUUGUUUUUUUCUUUUCGUUUUUUUAUAAAUUUUUUUUGAAUUUUUUUUUUUCCCUUGGGGUAAAAUAUCCAUAUUACCCUUUUAAUUUUUUAAGUUCGGCAUUUCCCCUCCAAAGCUUUUUUUUUCAAUUUCAAUUCCUCUUUUUUUUGGCCCUUUACAAUUUUCUGAAAAUUUUUUAAAAGGACUCCCCCGGAAACCCCCCAUAGCCUAAAAGAAACUUUCCCAACCCAACCCAAAUUUUAAAAGGGACGCCCCCCCCCCCCCCCAUCCAGGGAAAAUGGCCAGGGUCCCCUCACAGGGAAUAAGCAAUCAAACACUUGAUCUAAUUCCUUUCCAAUGGAGACCAAACCCUUAAACUAAAUAAAUAAAAUAUUGUGUUUCUCUCUUCAGGUGUUUACUAGAAUUUUGAGGAACUUUCAUCUUCCCAUUGGGAGUAAUACUCCAAUUACCGCUGUUAAAGAUUAUUCAAGUAUCAUCAGCUCUUUUGUUGUUUGGAUUGUCAAUUCAAUGGUAAGUACAUUGUUAGGUGUCAAAACCACCAUGUCCACCUCUCUAAAGCUCUGACAAAUCCAAGACAGGACUUGAAGAAAAUUUGAAUUUCAUCUUCUUCUUAGGACUUGUGGCACUCAAUAGAGAAGAUACGAUACACUGUAUAGUAUGAUGUCACAGAAAUUAAAUUUGCAAAAUUAUGGGAUUUAUUGACUUAUUCAGAAAGUACAAGAUGAAUACAGCCUCUUUGCAAAAAAUCUGUUAAUGCAAAUUGAUGGGAAGAUAUAAGGACCAUUAUGCUCUGAUAAGCCGAUAAAAAUCCUUGGAAAAUUGGCUCGGAUCAUAACACUUACAAUCAAGGCCUAUUUUAGAACCAUUGAAAGUAUUUUGAAAUGUUUGUGUUUUUUUCCUUAAAACCCUGACAGUAUCAUUCCAGUCCAGUCCAGGAGCAUCUUUGUAAACUGUUCAAAGCUCUGGAAUCUUUUUACCAUCCAUCAAAUAAUGGACGCUAUUCAGUAAGUGACAAGUAAAAUCUCUAUACAUUGUACUCAAUCUGAUAGAAGGUGAGAAAUUGGGAAGAAAAUAUUGAUUUGAGGAACUUGAUAUCCUACAUAGCAUUUUUAUUAUAAGUACUAUAUUAUUUUCAAUGUGUCUUGUAAUUUAAUGUAGAAGAAUUUCGUAUGUACCAUUCAAACAAGUAAUUAGUGGUUUGAGAUUUUUGUGGUCAUGUCCUUCAUUUUCAUGUAUGGUACUGCAUAAAAACCAAGAAAAUUGACUUUGUGUUAAUACCUAAAAGUGUAUUACUGUUUUUGUCAGGGGAAGCUUCAGCGAUUUCUUUACAAUUUGCCCAAAGAAAUGAUCAAAAGACUUCACAGGUAACAAUAUUUAAUAACAGGUUUUCCAUGAUGCUAAAUGCGGUGAUUUGCACCUCACUAUUAACCCCUGGUCCUUGUGCCUGUUCUUGUUGUGGUUAUCAGGUACAUGAAUGAAAUUAUAUAGCAGUUGGAUCUAAUCAAUAAUUGUACUAGGACUGAGUGGAAUCCAGUCUGGUUUAUAAUUUUAUAAACACCCAGUUUGUUCAGUCAAAUGGACAUGUAUCAUUACAGGCCACACUUGACAAUACAAAGUUCUGUUACAUCAUAUUUUUGCCCCCUGAAUCAUGAGAAGUAAAACCAUUUUGCCUUCUCAUAUUAUUUUCUUUUUGCUAGGGAGAGGUUUCCAAAGAACUCUUGGGAAACUGCUAUCCCUGAUGAGUCUAAGCUAACAGAUGAAGAAUUGACAGCAUUUGUUGAAUGCCUUAAACCUGCGGUUAUGUUGGCUGUCUUCAACAAGAGUGGCAGCUUUGAUGCAGCUGGAGCUCUCCAGAACCUUGCGUUAAUAAAACCUGAUGUUGUUCUGCCGACUCUACUGAAUAAGUAAGUUGCAUUAUUUAAUUUGAAUAAACCCCUCCACGGUCAUUACAUCUUUUGACUUAGCAAAAAUCCGUCAACGUGACUGAAAAGGACUUUAAAAAAUUAGUAAAGAUGCCAAGUUUGAACUUAAUUUGGUAAAGACUAUCAAGGAUAUAGCCCCUCAAAGUGGCUGAAUUUUGCAGUUGUUUGUAAGUUUGUGCCCCCCACCAUACAAACAUCUAUGGAACAAUAUCUUUGCUUGCUUUUAAUGUAUCACCUUUGAACUUGGUCAGUGUACCCAUUUUAAGGCAUUUCCUCCAGCAGUAUCAAUGGAUAUAAGCUAACUGGUCUUCAUCAAAACUUAAAGAAAAAGAAAAACAUGGAAUGGUCUAUUCUGAUGACUUAAACUGUUACCCGGACCUGACAUUUUAUCUGUUUUUAUUACUUUAAAGGUUAUAUGUUGCUUUGGGAACCCUAACUGAGCCACAUCAACUGACUGCAACACUGAACUGUGUUACAUCUGUAGCCAGAGCACUUGUCAGACCCGAUGCGUCAUAUCCUGCCGGCCGUAGUCAUGUUCUUCCUUUACUGCAGCUGGUAUUACCAGGAAUAGACCCAAAUGAUUUUCGUAAAGCUUUGGUGAGUACUGUUCUCAAGUGGCCAAAGAAAUACACGCACUGUGGUUGCUCAGAAGAAGUUUAGAAAUUUUUCUAGUCUACUCUUAUAUUUAUCUAAUUCAACAAUGCAUCUAGCAUAUUUUUGUUUAUUGAAAAGCACCAUGGGUCAAAUGUUUUUCUGGGUUUGUUUUUCUUUUGUUGAAAAGCAUUUUCUCAGAUAUUUUGUCCAUUCUUUGUAGAGCUCCCAGUCAUAAAAUUGUAGACAAAGUGAAUUAAACUGAAUUUGCUUUUUAAGCUUUCAUAUUGCACUAACCCUGGAUUAUUUCAUCCCAACAUUAAACAACCGAGCCCAGAAGUUUGGCAAGUAAUAUUUUCAGUAAAAGGGGCAACUGGACUUGUUGUACACACUGUAGUUCAUCAUUGUAGUUUUCGUCUCUUGCUCACAAAAUGAUCUCUUUCAUUUACUGAUAGCCUUUCCCGUCAAUUUGCAGGGAACCUUCAUGUUCAUCUCCACUGUUGUUUGCUUAGUCCCGGUAGUUGACUGUUCUGAGGCUGUUGGAGUGGUGGAAAUGACAGAGGUUAAGAUGAAAACGUCUUUGUUACUCUAAGCAUGUAGAAACAAGGAUUUAACUCAGCAACCAUUCUUUCUUUGCUUUCUUGCAUCUUUUCUUUUAGGAUGAAAAAGAGUUAUGCCUUGCAACAGCUCAGUUUGAAGACUUUGUAUUACAGUUUAUGGAUAGGUAAGUAAUGAAUACACACUGUAACAAUAAUCCACACUACCUUGUAGUAUCCCUCUUAUAACCACAUAAUUAUUGCAAGCAAAUAAGUAAGAUCAAUCAUCUGCUCUAUGAGAUCAACAAAAACAUUGGUUUAAGAAGUGAAUUGUCAAAUGCAAACAAAUUUUCCCAGUUACUAGUGUUAUAUUCUUAAUGACUGCACUUGACUUUCAGAGAGAAAAAAAACUAUUCAUUUUGCCUUAAGUUGAAGUUUGUUUUUCAGAUGUUUUGUCAUGAUUGAAAAUUCAUCAUUUGAGAACACUUCGGAACUGGACAGUAACACAAUGAAAGCUGAUCAGCGACACUCUCUAGAGGGCAUGAUGGGAAUGGGCGUUGCCUCAACUUUUCAUGCAAUUCUUAUGCAGAGUUCACCCAAGAUCUUCCAGGUGAGGUCAUCCAUAAAGAAGGCGCGUUAUUCAGUAAAUUAUAGCAACUGGAUAGGGUAUAAUUCACACAGGGAUGCAGCUAAGGAAAAGCCAAGCAGGCCUUUUUAUUUGUCAAGCUGGCGUUUUUACUCAUAUACAUCUUCAAAGUAAUCCCAUGUCUUGUUUUCCCUAGCAAAUUGAGCAAGUGAUAAGGUCUUUUUCAGCACGUGAAAUUAGCCGGCAGCUGGCUCUUAUUGACAUACCUAUUUACACAACUAAUAACUUCAUGUGCGUUGACUGAGUCGCUAAAAACAAUAACAGAUGUGUUUUUAAAGGCCAAUGAAAAUAACUUUUUCUUAUUCCCCACAUUACAGCCCAAUCAUGUAUGCAGUGAGAGUAGUUUAGCCUGAAUGAACCUUUUUUUUUUACAGGUAUUAUGAGCUGAAGGUGGCUUGCUAAUAGAACCACUUUACACCAAAGAUGUUAGAUAAACUUCUAUUUACUAUUAAUUUUUUUCAUGUUUGUCCUGUAGAGUGCCCUUGAUCAGCUGUUUGCGUUUUGUGCCAAUAAAGUUCUUGAAACAAAGGUGGCAGGCAAGAUGGCAGCUGACAUGUGUCGAGCUGCCGCCAGGGUGGGUACAUAUAAAACCAAUAAUCGGUAUACUACAUGUAGUUAUUAAAACCAUCCGCUUUCCUUUUUUCUUCACCUCUCCUGUCAGUAAAAGGGAUUGACAAGACUGUGACCACCCCCUCAAAUUGUUGCUAAUUUUAGUCGAGCCGCUGCCAGGAUGGGUAUACACAAAAACAAUAACCGGUAUGCCAGUUAUUAGAUAGGCAGUGUACAGAUGCCCUCCCCCCCUCCCCUGGGGUGUCUGUACACAGGCCGGUUACUAGAAGCAUCCACUUUAAUUUGAAUCCCUUUCUCCUUACCUCUCUUAUGAGUAAGAAUUAUUAACAAGUGUUAACCCCCUUAAAUUCUGCUAUUGUGCGUCGAAGAAAUUUCUGAGGUGGGGCGGCUUUUUUAUUUUUCUACACAGCAGCAAAAAAUAUAUGAAUUUAGAAGUUUCUAAACUUUGGUUGUCCGUCAUAAAUAAAUAAAUGUCUUAUCCCCACCUCCCUUGCAAAACUAAUUUUUUAGAGGUGUGAAGAAAGCGAGGAUUAUUCGUUCUAGUAUGUUUUCAUUAACCUAUUAAAAUGUAUUUUAUUUCUAUAUUUAGACAAACGCGCCAGCUACUCUCAAGAAAUUUGUCCCUCACUGUUGUUCGGUUAUUGAGCAUUUGACGUCUGGUGAGUGAUAGACUGUUAGGAGCCAAUUCUUUCCCUGUAAAAUUGUAUCGUUAUCACUAACACUUUUUUUUAAUUGUCCUAGUGGAAGGUGUAGCGGAGGAAGAAGAAGUUGAUGACCAGCUGUUGUGGAAUCUCCAGAUUUUGUCUGAGGUAGAUCUGAAGAGUAGAGCUCCAUGUGAUUUACACACGCUAUUAUAAAAUGGGUGUGACUGUUGGUAUAAUGCUGGGGUAGUUCUGUGAUUAGCCUGUUCCCACGACAGCGACGUCAACGGCUACGGCAACGAGAGCGUUAAACGAGAGAAAGUUAUGAAAAAUACUGCAAAGCUAGGGUUGAACACGAAUACCACCAGCGCUGAUCGGCAUGAGUUGGGUUCCAAAGAAGAAUCAUCGAUCCCGCUUCAUUUUUAACAAAUAUCAGUGUAACUUAAUACCCACAGUGGAAAAUUUUGCUAGGAUAGGAUAGGAUAAGUGCUUUAUUAUCAACAGAGCGCCUACAGACACAUGUGUUUACAACGAUAACAAAGAUUUUCGUGCAAUAAUUACAGAGGUGUACAUUUGUAAAAUUUGUACAACUAUUAAACAAGGUUAAAUUUAACGCGUCUAUCUCUUUCGCGGAAGCGAUCAUAUACGAAACUAUAUAUAUGAAACUUGUUGAUGGCACUGAAUGGGGUCAUGUACCCUGACCCCAAACAAUACUGAAACAACUGAAAGAAUGACAUGUCAUUGUUUUCUUCGACCAAUCAGGAGAGACCUUAGGAGCAGCUCCUACACAACUGAACGAAUAAAGUCCAGCUUAAUUUUUUGUCUUUCAGGUUGUGCGUUCCAGUGGGUCGCUAGAGUACAAAGAUAAGCUCAUCACAGCUAUUAAAAGUACAAUUCAUUUGAAAUGCAAAGAAGCUGCCACUUUGGGAGCAACGGUUGGUAGCUUUUAUCUUUGAAGAACAACAAAAUACGUGAAUAAAUUCAAAUGGAACGAAUUUAAAGAUAAUCAAUCAGAGCAGAAAGCUUGUUUUGCUAUUGUCUAUAGAGUACAGUAGACACAAUGAAAUAAAGUUUUAGAACCUCAAUUCAUUAUAGACUCUUCUAUUCUUUUCUGUAUUUGAAGCUUCUAGAGCACUUGUUACGGCCACUAGCCAAGAUUUACCCCAUGGAAUGGAGGAGCGUGCUUGUCGACUUCGGGACACCACCGACGGAGCAUCUGUUUAUCAGGGUAAGAAAGCAAGUUGGGAAACUUUUAAAACUGCUUUGUUUUCUGGUUGAACAGACUCGUGCGCUUUCUUAACCAGUCAGAAUCAAAAUCGAAAACAAUUGUGACUUGCAUUUUUCUCAAACAUAUUUUCGAAUGGCGCUCACUACAAUGUUUUCCCUGGGUAUUCGGUGAGCCUCUGGUAGCAGGGAAUGCAAUGUGUUUUCUUCACGUUCUGAUUUGUUUUUUGAUAGACGUUGUAAUUGGUCAGGGUUAUAGCCUAGGUUUUUCCCCUCCCUUGGCACCCGCCCUCUAUUGCUUCGAAUUCUGAUUGGCUGAUCCUUUUUUUCAACUCAGUGUUUUGAUUGGUCAUGUUCAAGACACUUGAUACCUCUAAUAGAAAAAAUGAAAAAGCUCUAAUGUUCUUUUUAAAAGUGCAGUCAUAGCCUCGUAUUAAGAAACCAACUUCUCACAAAUUGUUUAAUCAGCGCAUUUGCAAACAAACACCAUUGCAAAUUUGGCAUUGUGGUGGUUUAGUCUGUGUAUUUAUGUUUGCAUUUUUUACAUGUCACAAUUACAAAAAUGAAACAUUCCGACAGCUCAGUCAAUCAUGGAUUACUCAUUACACAAAACUUUGUGCUAUUUUUGUCUUACAACGCAAUACAGGAUUGGGGAAAACCAGGUGAUUUGUUCAACUUAAACAUUCAGUGGCAUAUACCCUCGAGGGAAGAGAAGCUCUUAGCAAAGGAUCUGCUAGAUAUGUUUUUACAGCCAGAGUUGACGAAACUAGAAAGAUUCGUGGAUGAAUCGCUUACCCUCUCAAGGUGAGAGUCUUGGUUUGUUGUCCAAUGUUCUGUGUAAUUCUUUUAUGUCUUACUGUGGACAGAAUAAACGAUUCACAGAAAAUGCCAAAUUUCUUUUUGUAAAAUCUUAGGAUUUGAAAAGAGCCAUUGAAAGGUUUUUCCGAGGAGGUUUCCUUUGAAUUUUUAACGUCAUAGGAUCUCGCUCGCAGGUUAGAAAGCUAGGGUGAAAAGUAAUUUCGCCGUAGCUUGAUCUAGAAAGCACCUUUAAAAUGACUGUAAUUUCCUCCACGCACCCCCUCCCUCCGCCUUUUUAAAUGUCAAGACAAGACAAUGCUUUAUUUGUAGUCUUACACAGUCCUAUGUACAUCGACUUUAUCCAAAUAAUAAUGUCAUAUAGAGAACUUUGGCGGCCACUGCGACGAGGACCGCAACGAUAUUGUCCAAAAAAACCUCUCUCCAGUCAUAGUUUUUUAGUAAGUGCCAUAUCGACUAACUUCUGUAUCUUCCUCUCUGAUCUCUAUCAACCUCUUGUAGUACUUUUAACGAGAACUGAAAAUCAUGACAUAUUUAUCUUUGGUGGUUAUUUCCUUCAUUCUAAUAACCCUCAUGUUUUAGCCUUUUACACGGUCGAUACAUGUAUUUCGACGUAAUUUGCACGACAACAAAGGCGAUUUUAGCACGAUCCUACGACUAUUUUGUGAAAAGUGGUUUGUGAAAAAACGUUUUUGUCAAUAACAGCAUUCGUGUAAAGAAAGCUACGAAGCUGCACUAAAUUUAGCUCAUCCUCAAAUUUGCAGCGACUUGGCUGAGACAAAUGCCGCUGAAAACGCUGUUUACGCGCACGAUUUGAGGUUGCAAUGAGAUUACAUCUUUUCUCACGCAACAGUGAAAUUACCCGUGUAAAGGGUCCUUAAGGAGGUAAUGUUGUUAAUUAUUUUUUGCCUUCAGAGAGGGGCUUCAGCAGAGUCUGAAUAUCAUCAGUGGUUGCUUAUCGGGAGCUUCCAUACUGCUACCUGACUGGACAAGACCUCCACUGGAGAACUUGUAAGAGUUAGCUUGUUAGUGCAAAUUUUAAAAACACCAACUUACAGACAGACUUGGGUUGAGUAAAUUAAACAACUUAUUACAACGUUUUGGCCUAUGAUUAUUUUGUGACUGUUUGGAGAGGGCGUUUUUGAUAGUUCAGGUCAUUUGAACAAAAAAUCAAAGCUAUAAAGCAUCUGUAAGUAUAUUUGCAAAAAGUGGUCCAUCGGUUUUGAAGUUAAAGAAUCACUUAUCUUUUUUUGUAACUGUAAGUUUUGCCGUUGAGUUCUUUUCAUGCGAUAAUCAUCCCUGAUCUUUGAUAUUGCUGAUCUUUCAGAGGCCUCAAGACACUAGUUGGGAGGGGACGUUUUCGAAACACUGUGUCAAUGGAACCAGGUAUUUGUCUUACAGUCUACUUGAGAAAACAGCCGACAUUUCGCGAAGCCACCGACUAUUUCUCCGCAAAAUGACGUCUGAGGUACGAGUGCAAGAAUUCCAUACUGAUGACGUGUUACUACCUUGAUCUGGGUAUUGCUUUUUAUUGGUUGAAAAUUUGCUUCAGCCAAUCAGGAGCACAUACAACCCAGAUCUGGGUAGUGACGCGUCAUCAAUAUGGAAUUUCUGCAGUCGUUUCUCAGAGGUCAUUUCGCCAGGAAACCGCUGAUGGCGUCGCGAGAUGCCGGCUGUUUUUUCAGGCAAGAAAAGAAGACAAUCUCACGAGGUAUUACUCAAACCGCUUUAAAGUAAUCUGCAUGUUUCCCUUAUUCAGCUUAUUGAUUUUAUGUUUUAGAUGUGUCUAUGGGUGAACACAAUUCACGGGCACAGAUAGCAGAGACGAUCCACAGAGUGCUAGGUAACUUUUUGCUUUUCUACUUUGUUACUCGUUUGAAAUAAAAGCAACCUUGUGGUUAAACCAGGUUACACAUGACUGUUUUGCAAAGAGGUUCUAAUCUUUUAGAUUGUGUGAAAUGUAUAGUCCGAGCUGUUUAUUGGCAAUUUCGUUUUGGAAUUAUUGAACGUUUCAAAAGGUGACCUCAAUUAUAGGCCACUCCAUAAGCUACGGAGAGGAAUAAAUAAAAACUUGCGCAAGCAUUUCUGGGAUUGUUUGGGUGGAAAAGUGUUAGUUAGGAUUGGUCAAUGGUAUCCCAUGGCAACCAUCAACCAAUCAUUUCUUACAUUGCCCCCCAAACUAUCCAGAAAUCUUUGCGACCGAAGCCUGUAUCCAUUCUCACUCCACUGAUAUUUUUCAGUGUGACGGGUGCCUCUUUGUUUUCUUUUGUUUGGGGGCUCAUAGCUGGGUUGCGCUGUUGUGCCAGCCAUGGGGGCGUUAUUUCAAUCUAGGGGCUGGCUGCCAAACGUGGAAGCCCCUGGAUACUCCAGACACCCAACCUCUAUUUAGUGAUACAGUUGUAGAUGGAGUGGAUAAUAGAAACUACACAAAGUACGUGCAAGACGUUUAAUCCUGAAGCUGUCGUGCUUUUUAAAUACUGAUUGAUUUCUCCUGUCAAUUAUUUCCUAUUGCUGCUUGUAGAUCAUCUACUCUGCCAUCACGAGGAUGACACUAAAGCACUUCUAAUUAUUGUGAAGGUAUUUAAUAAUUUACGUAGUUUGGAAUUGGUUAAGUAAGGAAUAGGCUUGACUACCUUCGAGAUAAUGGCUCUGGCAAUGACAUUGACAGUGGUUGUGACAAUACUGUAACAAUGUUGAAAUGAUAAUGGCACUAUCUCGGCAAUGAUGUUUGUAGAAAUGCUAUAGUGACAAUGGAAGCAUUGGUAAUCAUCGAUGAAUGUUGAUAACGCCAUUUUACUGUCAUAGUCAUAACUGUUCGCUCUGCACCAUCUUUUUGCUUACUUUCUACAGAUCUAUGAUCUCUUAAUGCUCCAUACUGGGGGGCAAAGAGAUGAAUUCGACAAUAGGUAAGAUAAUCUUCGUAGAGCGUUAUUCUUUACGUCUGUUCUAUUUUGUUAAAUGUAAAAAUGAUCAGUGCAACUCAAAUGUUUUGUUGUGUUGCUUUUACAGAUGGCGUAGUGCUACUGCUGUGAAGAGAGCAAUGGAAGAUAGAGUAUGUCGUAAAUAGAGUGGUUUUCGUUUGAGUGUCGUAAAACCAAACCCAAAGUAAUUACUCUGGCCAAUCACAUAGGACACAGACAAUACAUUGAACCAAUCAAAACUCGAAGUAAUUACAUGUGGCUGACGCAAAGCGUGUCACAAUUGGCUUUGGUUUUACUUCUGAUUGGAUGAAAAGGUGGCGCGAAUCUUUUAAGCCAAUCGCAUCGUGUAGAAAGUGCAAAACCAAUUACUUUUCGACACUCAAAUGAAAACCGCUCUAAGAAACUUGUGACAUUUAUUUUUCUUCUGUAACUGAUGAUAAAGAAAUAAAACGCAAAGUGGAAAAACUCAUGCACAUUUAGUUGGAGGUCAUGCAACAGAAGAUAAAACGCAAAUCGGAAAUUCCAGCGAGUGAAUAAACCAUGCUGGAUCAGUCCUUAAAGUCGUGAUUAAUGAACACAGUCUAUCAUUUUUAAAAAUAUGGGAGGGAAGGUUGGGAUCAAAGAGACCGGGGAGGGGUGCUUAUUUCAGAGGAGGGUUUAUUAGUGGAUUUACGGUAACUUCAGUAUACAUCAUCAGAAGGAAAAACAUGCAAAAAAUCUUUUGUUAUUCCAUUGGGGUAAGAGUACAGAAUGUGGCAAAUAAAAUACUAACAAGUAUAAAUGCAUUAAAUGAAAAAAGGAUCAGAGUGUUACAUGCUUGCUCCCGUAGAAUGUGUUUAGUUGGUUGAGAAGCACUGUUGUCCAAGACAAGCCAAAAUGUUUUCUUUUUUUUGUUUUAUGUGUGUUACUACUUUUUUCGCGCUAUUUCUUAAUCAGCACUUGUGGUACUAAUUAUAUUAAUUUUUCUUUUAGCUUGCUGGGAAGAAGAAACAUGUAAGACCUCUGUUGAUCGAGAGAGUUCAGUUACAACAUGAGGUAUGCAGAUAUAGUUUUCUCAGACUCUUUGUCUCCCUAGGUGAACCAUUUGAAAUCACCUCUUGGGCCCGAAGGUCACCUUUACCUUACCUUAGUCGAGGAAGGGAGGGCAAUGAUUGUAACAAGUACAUCAAUUAAACCCAGUUGAAUACGUGAUUCUUACUUUCUAACUGAGGAUGUGACCAUCGCACUUGUGUACGCUUGAGCAAUUGCGAAUUAAGCCCCGAAAAGAAUUCCAGAGCUUUAAAGGGAUUCAAACCCAUGGCCGCUGCGUUAGUGCUGCAGUCCUCUACCAACUGAGCCAUGAAGACCCAUACAUUGGGAGCAGGCCAAUUUGUUGAGUUCUCAAUGUAUUUGGUAGAGUACUGUAGUGCCAACGCAGAGGCCAACGUAGAGGCCAUGGAUUCGAAUCCCGUUGAGAAUAGCAAAUUAAGGUCGUACAUGCGUCGUCAUUUAGAUUUUUAUCAGUUCCUGCAGUUCACUUCAUCUUCAUUCUAAUACUUUGUUUCCAGAUGCGCAUCCUUGAUCGUGUUUCAACGCAGUUAACGACUUUACACAAAGUGUUAUUGGACGACUUGUUUAAACUGGCAACGACAGUUUACACAGAGGUAUGUCUUUGGUUUCCAGUGGUGUUACUUUGCUUGCUCCUUCGUCUGUAUGUCUCCAUUUUAAAGGUUAAGCUCUCCGUGUCACUUAAGUAGAGCUGAGAUAAUAAGUUGGAUUGCGCAGUUUAUUGGGCGUCUACCAGAGGAAAGAUUUUUUAUGUCCGGAUAAAAGUGAAGAGGUGAAAAAGUAAAAGUCUCUCUGAAGUACGCAUUCAUUUCAGCCAGAUACAGUUGUUAACACGCUUAGCUAGUGGCACCCUUUUACAGUCUCUAUCUCGACGUAAAAGGAGUGAAACAAAAGGUACCCGAGGUGCUCUCGUGUGCCUACUUGCUGGCGCUUUUUAAACCUAAACUCAACGGUCAGGUUUGGUCCAAAUUUUCUUCUUACCAUGUUGGCUGUAUUUGUCACAAGGUUCGUAUCAAAGCUCAGAGAGUCCUUUCUUCGUGCAUCGAGGUGUUUGAUUAUUUUGCUCGAACACUGAUUCCAACAACGUUGUCAAAGCUUCAGAACAGUCCAGACAUCUCCCACGAGGAAUUCAAGGUGGGUACCUCUAUGAGCAAGUGUUAUUGCGGGCGACAAGAGGAGCCCGCAAUCCUAAUUUCCAGGGUGUUGUCAGUUAUUACUGUCACGAGUUAUCGACGUAAAAUAUGGUUGCCUAACCUUUUAUACGGGAUUAGUCCACAUGAAGGGUUUCAGUCGAGAUUAAUCAAUACAGUCUAUCAUAAAAGAAUAAAUAGGGAUGGGAGGGGGGGGUUUAAAAGAGGUAAGGGGGCUUACGUUCCCCAGGGACAAGGAAAACUGUCCGUAUUAACGGGGUGUCCGUAUUAGGCAGGUGUCCGUAAAGCGGGGUCCGAGCCUAAUUAUGACAUCUUGUUUUUCCUUUUCUUCUACAGGGCGCACUUUACGUGCUACUAAACAACCGCAUGCUGUUUUUGAUAGUGCAUUACUGGGAAGUCAUGGUUGAUGUUUGGCCUGCGAUUGUUAAGGUAACUGUUGUUAGUGUUUGACAGCAGAUCAAUCAACGCAGUAGACUUUCUAAAAGUCCUUUAUUUUUAAUUUCCUGGUUGGUUAUGCCAUUUUAAAAGACUUCAUACCCGUUUGGCGCGAAAUUCACCGGUCGAAAAUUCAACCGGUGACGUUAUGACUAUUGACCAAUAGGAGAGUGAGUGAUAUUUCACUCCGCUCUCGACACAGCAUAUUUUGUUUCGUGCGUGAAUUUAUAACACGAUUCAAAUCCAUUCAGGCGUAACAGGUCGACCUCGAGAGUUCGUCGCUCGCUCGGUCGCUACGCGACCUCAUGCAUUGAAGCUCGCUUGAGCUUCGCUCACUUUUAAGAAGUUAUGAGUGGUCAACUUGUCGCAAGUCUAUCAACGCAGCAGUACCGACUUUUCUGUGCAUGUUGUUGUAUAAUUACGUAUCCGUUUAAUUUAUGACAGAGACCUUUAGAUUCGAGGACGAGUACGACUAGGAGGACGAGAAGUAACUCUUAAGUUUUCUUCUCGUAUUCUCUAAAAAUAGACACCCCGGACAGCUUCGCUGUACUUUUUUCACCACGAAAGGUAGUGAGUUUAUAUCUUUUGAAGGAAGUUGAGCCUUCUCUCGAUCGCAAAACGAUAAAAUUUCUAACAUUUGAUAACUUGUUUUCGCCACUACAUUCUCGCUACAACUCUUAGUAGAAUGACGACGGCUAUCACGUUUUCGCGCCAAAAUGACGAUGGUUCACGUGCGCGCACUACUCAGUAUUGGGAAAAGCUUGUUCUCUUGGCCGUCCUCGUAUUAGAAUCUAAUAGUCUCCAAUGUAUUGACCGUCAGAAUAGUAAUUUUUGAGUUAAUUGAAGUGCAAUCUUUGAUUUACGACAGUUUUAGUUUCCUUAAGCCGCCUUUUGAUGCAAUAACACUUAAGUUGCUUAAAGAUACCAGUCAAAGACCAAAGUAAGGCUAGAAAACCUCACAAGAGAUUAUCAACAACCCAUUUCUCUCAACUGGCACGUUGGUAAUAGUUAGGGAUAAGUAGUGGGAAUUUACGCAUUGACAUGGUCUUUGUUUUUAGGCUGAUCAUUCUGAAAAACCUUCUAUUAUUACUCUGACCACCAUGCUUGCAGAAAAAAUGGUGAAAAAGUACGACACAGUGGCUAUAAGCAGAGUGGUAAGAUAACAGUCUUAAAGUGAUCAUUCCCGUCUUUGCUACCUGGAUAGCCUGCAUAACCGAGGUUAUUUCUUCGCGUUUUUCAGGAGAGUGAAGGAAAGCGCGAAGCUAGCGAGGAGCGCCAGACACGCGCGGCGGGGCGAGGCGCAAGCGCUCCACGUUCGCUUCGCGCUUGCCUUCGCUCUUCUGAAAAACGCGAAAAAAUAACCCCGGUUAUAAAGGUUACUACCUGGAACACCCUCAAUCUACCUUAAAAAUAACAGUAUGUUAAGAAAAGCAUUAUGGGAACUUCGUUUACCAUUUCAUUCCUCGUUUAAAAUGUGAAAAGGAGAAGAUCCUGUUCUCAUUACGGUCGUUAUCAUUUAUUGUUCCACAAUAUAACAAACAGCACUUCACCAUAGCAAUUCCUGGAAGUGUUUACGCCUUAAGGAUUUUAUCCACAGACUCAAAAGUUAGAACCACCUUGUACAGCACAAUAAACAGUACCACAGGAAAGUACUGCUCAGUAGCUUUCAUUUGAAUGGUCACACUUUAGGAAUUCAUCCAUAGACUCAAAAGUUAGAACCACCUUGUACAGCAUAAUAAACAGUACCACAUAAAAAGUACUGCUCAGUAGCUUUCAUUUGAAUGGUCACACUUGAGGAUUUCAUCCACAGACUCAAAAGUUUGAAUCACCUUUACAUAGCGAAGUAAGCCUUAGCUGUUUUUUUUUUUUUUAAGGUGACCGAUGCAGCAGUUGAACAAGCUAAGAUGCUUUUAACUUCAACUGGACCAGAACCACGCACCUGCCUAAAACAACCUCUCAGUGCAUCAGACUCGCCUCUUCCAAGCGAGCUUCAAAUCAAAGAGAGCGUAGAAGUUUGGAAUAACACCCGCGAAACUAAUCUCAGGUAUCAACAGAAAUUCGCCACUUUAGAAAACGAGAAGAGGCCCUGGAGCCGAAAUGCGUGGCGCAAUUGUUUCUGGGAUCGUUCCUGGAAACGCGCCGAUCAGCUAUUGGCUAAUAUUUUUCUCAUUGUCCUUAGUAACAGUCCCAGAAGUCUUUGCAAAAGUUGACUCGCCCCAGUUUCCUUCUUGUGUCUUAAGACGCGAAUUUUAAAAACAUGAAAGGGCCUGUGUCACAAAAUUUGCCAAAAUUCAAAACCAAAUGAGGAAAACAUAAAAAUAACUGCUCAAAACAUUAAAACAUGUUGUAAAUAAGACAGCCUAUACAAAAGAAGUUACAGAUGGGCAGAUGGUAACGAGAUUGAGACGGAUCGCAAUUGUGGUUUUGGAGAACCUUCUAGCCAAACAGUUUUUCAAAGUUCCUUUUUUUCUCUGUAACAUUUGAUAUAUGCUUUGGAGCCAUAUUUGUUUGACAUCACAUGAAGUGCUGAUCUUGUCAUUUGUAAGCUAUUUCUAAGGAUAAGUUCCAUUGCGAUAAGGACGUGUAAUUGGUAUUUUUAACAAAUUUACGAGACCAUUUGAAGCUAAUAUCCUUGUGAAACAGGACUGCGUCCAUUGUAUUCGUGUCUCUAAUAAAAGCUCUUUCUUUGCAGAAAUUUCCAACAGCUAGUGAGCACAUUAAUUAAUUUGCUGGACACCGAUAGUCUGUAAGUUGCAGCGUUAUUCCAAGCAUUUACUCAUAGCUUAUAGCAACAAAAUACCCAUACAGUUCCAUAAAGUUGAAGCAGUUUCAUUUAAUUGGUCAAGCCACAGGAUUUAGUUCAUAGACUCAAUAUUUAGAAUUACGUGAUGCUGCACAAUAAACAGCACCACAGGAAAAUACUGCUCAGUCGCUCUUAUUUAAAUGGAAGACACUUAGGAUUUCAUCCACAGACUCACAAGGUGGAACCACGUUGUACAGCGUAAUAAACAGUACCACAUGAAAGUACUGCUCAGUAGCUUUCAUUGGAAUUGUCACACCGUAGGAUUUCGUCCAGGCUCAAACGUUAGAACUAUUCUUCUUGUCCUCCGUAUUGACUCUGUGACUGAAAGCAUCAGCAACACACUUUUCAGUCAAGUUGCAUUUGUGUGACUUUCUGCCCUUUACGAACCCAACCCCAUUAGCCUAAGUAUCAUUAUACUUUUCGAGGAAUCUGCCCACCUUCUCCUCCUCUAAGCCAACAUUUUGCCCCAAGUGAGAAGUAAGUGUUAAUGUUGGCUUAGGCGAGGGGUAUCUGGGCAGUUUCCCAGAAGUGUAUGACCGCUCUCCAAUAUUAUUUCAAAGUAAGGCACUCCAGACAGCUACUUGUUUUUCUUGUCAACGCGUACUAAUAAUCUACUCUUGUUUAUUUAUAAUGUAAUCGAAACUAUUCUCUGUUGUUUCCGUUUCAGACGUUGGCGUUAUCUUCAAAUUUGCUUUAAUUUUGUGAAAUUAUUGAUUCGUUAUGAUGUUCCACUGCCGGCCAGUGCUGUGAAACUCUGCGUAAAAUUUCUCAAUCACGAUGCCUUGGCAAUUCGAAAGGUAAGUGCGACGCUUAACUCGCACAUUGUAUGGGAAAUGCCGGCUUGUGAAAUCCAGCUAAUAUAUUUUUGUUGUGGAAUUUGGAAUCCUGGGCUUUGGAAUCAGGAAAACAGCUCAAGAAUUCUGGAUUCCCUCUAACGAUUGGAAUCCGGAAUCAGAAAUCCACAGUGUAGAAGCCAGAAUCCAAGACUGUCUUGGACUGUCUUCGAUUCCCUUACAUGAUUCGACUUCAAAAUCUACUUAAGCUUUAUCGUUUUAAAAUUAUUGUUUUACAUACAAUAUUUUUCGUCCGUUUUAGGUGGCAAUAGAUGCCGUUGGAGCGAUUCUCAAACAGCAGAAGCGACCACACGUCAAAAUAGCUGUUAACCCAUACUCUGUUGGUAAGGUUGGCAUAAACAUUGAUAAUAAUGCGAUGCAUGUGAAAUCACCUCUUGUACGCGACCCGCUCUAAACAUCCACCACCUAUUUAAAAUACCAAAAUGAGUUUUCGGAAUUUCCUAGUAAACGUCCUUUAGGGAAAACCUAUCUCAUGAUGUGAUCACGAAAAUUAGGCAUUUUGGGUGAUUUUGGACUGUAUAACUAAUUCCGUAACUGGAAAGAACGAAAAUAAAAAUAAACAUAGAGCAUAUCUAUUCCUUAACGCCCUUAUGCGCCUUUUUGCUCUCUCGUGGUUUCUUUUGAGUCGCUGUUGAUGCUUUAAUUUUUGUGUUUAAAGCUGGCCUACCAGAACCUACCUCAACAGUCAUCGAGCCUGGAGAUCGGGAGGAUAAUAGAUGGUAAGGUGCUCACGACACGUCUGAUUUCGUACAUUUCCUUUAACAAACGUCUAGAUAAUUUGUUUUUUUUUUUAAAUAGGUUUUAAUUAAACUCUUCCAGAUGAUCUCGUCCCCAUUCUCACGAAUUUCCCCUCAGUUGCUUUUAAAUAAUUAGAUAUUGUCGUCGUUGUGAUCAUAAUCAUCGUCAUCAUCAUCAUCAUCAUGGCCCCCAUUGUCACCAUUAUCACCAUCACUGGCUGCAAAAGUAUUCGGAACGAAAAAAGUUGCUCGAAAUACGAGAAGCUACCAAAAAGUUGCCGAGCAACUUGUGGAACGCCCUAAUUAUCAUCAUCAUCACCACCACCACCACCACCACCACCACCACCACCAUCAUCAUCAUCACCACCACCCCACCACCACCACUACCACCACCAUUGUCAUCAUCAUCACCACCACCACCCCCACCAUCAUUAUCAUCAUUAUCAUCACCCCCACCACGACCACCACUACCAUCAUCAUCAUCACCAUCAUAAUCACCAUCAUCAUCAUCUUCAUAGUCACCUCAUCACGAUCUUUGAUUAUUAGAACUGAGCAUGUUUUGUUGAUUCUUCCAGGUUGCAUUACUCCUCAAGCAAUGUCCCAAAGAAUAAAAAAGAAUGGGAGAGCUGUGUCUUCAUCGACAAAACACACUGGGGUUACUACACUUGGCCAAAGUAAGCAAAAAAAGUGAAAAGCGGACGAUUGUUUUUUCUUUCGUUAUAAUCGAUCAUUUCUAUGUUCUCUGUGAUAAAAUUAGUCGAGGCUGAUGCUAAGGAUUAUCUGCAUUAAAACAGGUUUUCUCACCCACCCCUCUCUUAAGUCAACAUUAACACUCACUUCUCACUUAGGGCAAAAUGUUUGCCUUGGGGAGGGGUAGGUGGGCAGUUUACCAGAAACUUAAAUUGAUCUGGUGUUCUCAAAGGCCUAUUAAAAAGAGAUUUGUAAGCACUUGGUGGCUUCAGAAGUACGGGCAGUUUACAACCUGGUGGAUAGCUCGCGGAGCAUUACAUGCCCUUCUUUCUCAUUUAUAUAGGAAACUGCUGACCUAUGCGCCAGUAGACCAACAGCCUCCUCUAGGUCGAACACGUGAUCAACUUUCAGAGGUAAGAAUUUGAUCUUUUGGCAGUGUGCACACGAGUUCGAAAACAUAGAAACGUUUGAACAGCUUCCGUGCACAUGAGAAUAGCCUAGAAAUACGAAUAGAAGCGAAAAGGGGAGACAGUGAAGGGAGAGAAACUUCCCCCUCCGCCAUCCCCCUCUAAAAUCUGUACUCUCUAAACCCCUAAGGAAGGCGUAAUAUUCAACACGAGAAAGAGAUGUUUUCGUUUACGAAUUUGUGCAUUCUGGAGAUUUUUUUUCACGAUAGUUCUUGUCUGCACGAAGGCCAUAAACUCAUAAGUUAAUAUACGUUUACAAGACUGGCGUAACUUUUGCAGAAUGCAUAUACCAAGGAGUUCUAAUCUCCUUAGAGGAAGGACGUCCGCCUGUUUACAAAUGUUUUAACUUUUGCCAUAGUAUUUUGUUUUUGGUAAAUUCUUUUCAGGAAGAACAACCAAUUUACGAUGCUUUCAGUCAAGAAGAAUUCACGUCAAAAUUCAUUGCGUUUCUGUCCUUGGAAGAUAGAAAGGGCAGAGACAAAUUCAAUGUACAUCGAUUUGUACUUUUUAAGGUAAUGUGAUUUUGUUUGUGUUAUGAUAAGGUGAACAAAAUGCUCUGCAGUCGUCCUCAGUGGCGGAUCAAGGAGAGCGCCCCUUAUUUUUAGACCAAACUGAGGCUCGAAGGGCCGAAGGAGACCCCACCCCCCCCCUUCCCCCCAUCCUACCUGAAGGUCAGUAUCCGCCACUGGUACUAGAGUACCGAAGUGUGACGUCAUAGAAAAUGAAAUUUGUGAAAUUAUGGGAUUUGUUAAGCUAUUCUGAAAGAACAACGUCCAAGACGCCUACUCGCCAAAAAUUAGCAAUUUGGGGCAGAUUGUCUCUGAGAUAUUAGCCCAGUUAUGCUCCGAUGACUCCAUACAAAUCCUUCUAAAUCUUACCUGGUUCCUAAUCUUAUGAACCAAGCCAAAUUUAGAAGGAUUUGUAUGGAAUCGUCACAGCAUAACUGGGCUAAUAUCUCAGAGACAAUUUGCCCCGAAUUGCUAAUUUUUGGCGAGUAGGCGUCUUGGACGUUGUUCUUCCAGAAUAUCUUAACAAAUCCCAUAAUUUCACAAAUUUCAUUUUUAUGACGUCAUCACUUCGGUACUCUCUUCCCAUCUACUUUUUGCUUCAUCAUUCCUAAUAGCUUCACUUCAUGCUGGUCCAGUCGUGUUGUGCGUCAAUUAGCAAUCUCACCUUACACGAGUAAGAAAUUGUGAUGACGACCAUUAUUUACCUUAUAUCUUUCUUUGCAGGGUCUUUUCAGAAACUUCGACGACACGUUUUUUGAUCUACUCAAACCCCAUCUUGAACGUCUUUGUAUAGAUGCCCAGGUAAGCUGAAGUUGACUUGACAUCUCAUGAAUGGUGAGUUACCGUAAAAUUCCGAAAAUAAGCCCCGGGGCUUAUAUUUCUGAAAGGCCCUUUUUGAAGGGCUUAUUUUUGGAGGGGCUUAUCUACGGAGGGAAAUUUGCGUUUCAAAAUCGAUUGGGCUAACCUUAUAAAUGAAAGGAAAUUUACCGUAUUUUCUUUGUAUUUGAAGGCAAUUUCCGAGUAUAAGAUAUUUGGAGGGGCGAUUUAACGGAGAGUUUUCUACGUUACGAGUUUGGGGGGCUUAUAUUUGAAGGGGCUUAUACAUGGAGGGGCUUAUUUUCGAAAUUUUACGGUAUGAGGUCGGUGUUAAAUAGGGGUUUUUUGUUGCUGUUGCUGUUGUUUAAAAACGUAGCAACCUCUCGGAUUUCACCUCGGCGGAGGUGACCAACCUCGUUCCCAGGUUCCACUCCUACUUGUUCCCCUUUUCGGGAGUAACAGUGGACGCUGGGAACGAGAUUGGAAGGCGACCAUCUGAAUGAAAACUAAUAUUGUAUCGUCCAUUGUUGUUUUAAUUUUUCAGGAGAGCAGUCAAAGAUGUGCUGUGGAAAUAAUCGCCGCUGUCAUCCGUGGAUGCAAACACUGGAGUUACGAAAAGGUUGAAAAUCUGUGGGAUUUUCUCUUACCACUGCUAAGAAAGGCCCUCUUGGCUGUGAACGUGGAGACGUUAGAGGACUGGGGCACGUGUAUGGCAACCGCUGUGGUGAGAAGCUGUUUUGUAACCGUAUGGUAUUCGCCACGUUAAAAUUGAGAAGGGAAAUGGGCCCGAAAUUUGUCCCGCAAGGCCUUCUGGGAUCGUUCCCGGGGACGCGCCGCUCGGUUAUUGGGCAAUUUUUUCCAUGUCUCUAGUAACAGUCCCAGAAGUCUUUGCGAAAGUAAACACGGUCCAGUUUCUUUCUCGUUGAAAAAAAAUUAGAUUUCAUUUCUUUUGUAGGAGAGUCGUGAUCCCCGGCGCAUCCAUCGUUUCCUAGAAAUGCUGUUAGAAGAACCUUUGGACGAUCAACGUGGCUCGUUUUCUGAUUCGAGGUGAGAAGAGUUUAGACUGCUACGAUCUACUGUUUUUUUUUUUUUAAUUUGGAAAUCGCUUGUACCAGAACUGAAUGUGUGCAGGAUGUUGUCAAAGAGUCGAACUGAAAAACAGCACGGACAAACUCUAUGUGUCAGUUUUAGGAAAGUUUCCAGUUCAGUGAGAGUUGAGUCCUGGGUGGCCUGUGGUAAUAGAAGGGUCUUCGGUUGCAAUUACUGAUGCCUAUGUUCAUGGCUUUGUUUCUUUUCAGUCGUCUGUAUUUCAUUCAAGGAGCGCUCUGUCAACAAGAAUGGAGAGUUCCUGAGCUGCUUCACCGGUUACUGGGCGUCAUCGAGUCCCAUCUAAACCAUCCUUACAAAAACGUACGCGAUCGGCUAGGAAGGUAUGUACUGAGAUUAUUUGAAUCUCCAUACAGGACAUCCAGACAAUCUUAUUUAUUCCGUGCUGUAGCGACCCUAAUAGUCAAUUGUGUGGAUCAGACACGUAAGCAUUUUUUUUUUCAUCUUUUGUAGCGUACUUUGUAGCGCGUUGAUGUAUGACCUCAACUUGCCGAACUGCACACAGACGCAAUCUCCAAACCGGAAGGAGUUUGUCAGCAAAGUACUUCCUCAGUUGACAGGGCUGCAGGAACUGGCACGAGAAAAGGAGAUCAUGGGCCGAAGUGACGUCAGCACAGAAAAUGAGGAACGUUUGGAUAGGGAGGAAGUGAAGGAUGGGUCUCGUGAGAGCGAUGAGAGAAAGGAGGCUAUCAAGCGCUUAAAGACAAGUAAGUAGAAGGUUGUUCUCUGUAGUUCCCUGAAUCAAAAUAGCAGGCUACAACACUGAACCAUUGCUCCACCUGAGUUGCCGUAUAGAGAAUCGAGAACGAUAGACACCUUUAGAUUCGAGGACGAAAAGAGAUUCAAUUUUAAGUUUUCUUCGCAUAUUCUUUAAAAAAUGUAAACCCUGGAAAGCUCCAUCGUACUUUUUUCCAACAGAAAAAAUAAACACGGUUGUCUUUAUUGAAGGAUUUUAAGCCCUCUCUCGUUUGCAAAAUGAUAAAACGUCUAACAUUUGAUAACUUGUUCCCGCCACUACGACAUUCUCGAAAAAAACCGGAGUAGAGUGACGGCGGCUACCACGUUUUCCCGCCAAAAUAAAGCUAUUUCACGCGUACGCGCCACUUGGUGUUGAGAAAAUCUCGUUCUUGUAGUCGACCUCGUCUUAGAAUUUGAAGGUCUCUAAUGCCUGCCUGGUGAAUGAUAUCGACUAAAUCUAGGUGUCCGUUUUUGUCUUUUUUGUUGUAGUGACGAACUGGCUUUUAUCCCAUGCCGUUCGUACCCUUCAUAGUUGUCCAGAGGAAUUCUUCGAUCUUUUGCCUGUGGUAAGUACAUGUUAUAAAAGUCAAUUCGCCCUCCUAUAUGGUGGAAAAACGCCGUUGUUUAAACGGUACGGAAUGACUCUCAAUUCGCCACCGGGGAUGGGCGAUAAAUAAGGGUGAAGCCAGGUUGGUUUUGCCAAAUAACAUCCAAUGUUUCACUCCCGUAUGGACGUAAGAACGCAAUUAAACCAACUCCUAAACACACCUUUUUUUUCAGAUUAUACUAUUUGACUCGCAAGAAGACGAUCCUGAGCUUCAACACUACUGUCACAGAGUAUGUAUAGAAACUUUACUGCAACCCUGUUUUUGCACUGGAACGUGUUUCUUCAUUAGUAGUAAUUUCAUGAUAUUUUUACCGUAUGGGGUGACUUCCAUAAUCUGGUCCUGACGUAAUAAUUUAAACACAAAAAGUAGUGUUUCAUACGAUAUCUAGACACUGCAAAAUGCGUCGUAAAAGACCGUCUUGGACGCGUCUGUCGCUUAAUAGGGACUUUAAGAUCCAACGCGCAGACGGCAAAGAGAACGUCAAAGAAAAAACAAAAGUUUAAUGAGCAAAACAACAACUUUGCACGUGCAUCACGCUUUUUUGUACAUUUCUUUUCUGUUUUUGCACAACUUCGACGUGAAAAUGCCUCAUUUCGCGUUUUAAGGAGGACGUAAACAAGCAACGACGAAAUUUUAUUUGUCUUUCUGAGCUUGAAUAUGAUAAUUUGAAAUUCAGCUUUAGGAGGGUUCGCCUAUAUUUGACAAAGUAAGUGGGUAGGAAUAAUCCCUGUAAAGACUAAAAGAACGCAAAUUCACUUUUUAUGCGACGUUCUCGUUGCCGUCGCGUCGUUGGAUCUUAGAGUCCCUAAUACCACCCUGCUAUCAGAAUCUUUCUUUCGCUUGGUUGAUUUUGGCGAAUUCUAGAAAGACUCUACAUGAAUCGAGUAAGACCUUUGUUGAGCAUGCGCCGAAUGUUGCUAGAAUAGAGUCUCAAACCCAGGCCUAAAUGAUGGCUUAGGGGAGGGGUAGGUGGGCAGUUUCCCAGAAACCUUAAUUGCUCCAUGUUUUUUCCCUUUUCUUGGCAGACUAUUGCUUACAUAUCCCAAACAGAGCUACCUUUGAGCAUGGUACCGCUGGCACUACAGACUGUCAAGCAAGUAGGUUCAUUGUCAUGUUUAUUUUACUGGUGUAAGGUUCGGUUUUAUUCUCCGUCCUUGAUCUUUAACCAGGCGAUAAUUGGACUUAAUUCCCCUAGUUCGGCGAUUUCGUUGAAGGAAAAUAAAACAAACGAUACAAUAGGAGUAAUCUUAUAUGAAUAACUGCGUUUAACAUUUAGUAAAACACAAAAAGUACAUUAAUCUCUCCAACUAUAAACUUUAGUUUUGUGGCAUCACAAAGUAACCGAAACUCUUAGUAAGGGAUUACCCUUAAACAGCCGUUAUGCAACAAAUUAAAAUACCAAAAAAAACAACAACAAAUAGUCACCCCAUUUUUUGUUGGUUGCCGAUAAAACACGGCGGGGGGGGGGGGGGGGGGGGGGGGGGGGGGGGGGGGGGGGGUGGGUAUAAUAAAUAUGAUAUCAGCAUGCAAUAAUAAAAAAAAAAUAACAGAAGUCUAGAUUAAUGAUGAAGAGUACAACAAUAACAACACAAAAAACAAAAACGACAAAAAACAAAAAAGAACAGCGGGACCUGGUUGUCUUGGGGGGGGGGGGAGGGGAGGGGGGGGGGGGGGGGGGGGGGGGGGGGGGGGGGGGGGGGGGGGGCGGAGUUGGCCUGUCUACCAAGCUUGAAGCCAUAUGCGAUCUGUGAUUCAUAUCAAAAUGAAAAUUGGUAUUCACUUAGUGACCCAAGGAAUAAAACACAAGUUGUCCCAACAGUAGUCCGGCAAACCUUUGACCCUCUGGUUACCAGUCCAGGUGCUCUACCACUUAGCUAUAAGAGACUCGCGGGAGCUAAUGUCAGGUUUACUCACUAGGUUCUGUUCAUUACAGAAGUGUGAUUGUUUUAUUGUAGCUGGCUAGUAAUGCCCUGUGGCAUCCAAGGCGAAGUGUAUUGGAGUAUCUACAAGUCAUGAUCUUUGCCAACCUGUUUGCAAUUACCAGUACUCCGCAGCACAUUCAGGACGUGAAAGAAAUGGUGCUGAGUCUUUUAGAAGACGAGCAGCUAGAGGUAUUGUUUAUUGUGCUGUACAUGAAAUCAGCUGAAAUUGUGGCCAUUCAAAUGAAAGCUUCUGAACAGUGCUUUUCUGGUAUGCUGUUUAUUAUGCUGUAAAAGGUGGUUCUAACUUUUGAGUUCAUGGAUAAGAUUCUAUGGUGUGAUCAUUCAAAUGAAAGCUACUGAGCAGUAUUUUUCUCUUGUGCCGCUCAUUAUGCUUUAAAAGGUGGCUCUAACGUUCUUUUAAGUCUGUGGAUGAUACGUGUGACGAUGCAAAUGAAAGCUACUGAGCAGUACCUUCCUGUGGUACUGUUUAUUAUGCUGUACAAGGUGGUUCUAACUUUUGAGUCUGUGGAUGAAAUCCUAAAGUGUGACCAUUCAAAUGAAAGCUACUGAGCAGUACUUUCCUGUGGUACUGUUUAUUAUGCUGUACAAGGUGGUUCUAACUUUCGAGUCUGUCGAUGAAAUCCUAAACUGUGACCGUUCAAAUGAAAGCUACUAAGCAGUACCUUUCUCUGUGGUUGAAAUCCAGCAGUGACACUCUCUAAUCAUGCUGCUAUUUAUAAUAUUGACAUGCCUGAGAAUUACAUUUGAGUCCCGCCUUCAGCUGAAACCCGAUAGUACGACAAUUCCUGGGCGCUAACGGGUAGUUUUACUUUUUCCGCCGUUUCUUAUGCAGUGGAGACUAUCCAGUACUACUCUUCAAGCUUAAUUUGACAUUUUUUCUCUCUUUGGCAGGUUCGAGAAAUGGCAGCCGUCACAUUCAGUGGUCUCGUUCAUUAUGGAUUUCUUCAGCUGGACGACAUACUUCAGGUGUGAAUGGACGUGGUUGCACAUUUCCCGAUGUGCCUUUCCUCGUAGUAUAGACUAUUCAUUUUGAUGAUUUACGUACCGAGAUAAAUGCGGUUACUCUCAAGUUUGUAUCCUCAGCGUUGUCUUUUAGCUGGGAAAUCGCUUGUCAGAUCUACCCUACUGGCCCCGGUUGUUCAAACGUUGGAUAUGGCUAUCCAACGGAUAAAUCCCUAUCCAAUGGAUGAGUAUUAGUGAAACCGAUUGCGUUAUCAACUGCGUUAUCCAUCCAGUGGAUAGCGUUAUCAAGAUUUCGAACAACUUAGCCCUGAUUGGUUACUUUAAUUUUUUUUCGACCCAUGUAAGGGAAUUCGGAUUCCGGAAUCCAAGACUUCUUGCUUUCGGAAUACAGAAUCUGGGAAAUUUUUGCUUGUAAAAUCUGGAAUCCUGGGCUUUGGAAUCUAGAAUACAGCUCAAGAAAUCCGGAAUUCCACUGAGGAUUGGUAUCCGGAAUCCAGGUUCCACAGACAAGGAAUCCGGGAUCCAGUACCUGGAAUUCCGGAAUCCACGGCGUGGAAUUCAGAUUUCCUUACAUGGGCGAAUGUUUUAAUCAGAAAUCCGAGGUAUCUAGCUAGCACUCAUGCGUGGCGGCUUCCUUGAAUAGUUUUUACCGCUCCACGUCCUACGGAAUGUUAAACUCGUCGCAGCUGGGUCAAAUUUUUGUUGUGUCAAAAGUAAACAAAAUAGGAAUCUAAAUUAGCGAGUAAAUCAGUGGAAUGUUACCCUCUGACGUUACAGAUUUUUCCAUAAGACCCACUUACAGACUUUUGGCGAGAACAGUUUUCAUCCUUUCACCUCGAAUCAGCCAAUAACAGAGGCGCCGUUGGUGAAAAAAACCCUGCUUAUAAGUGUUGUUUACUUCUCUUUAGAAACAAUUUACCAAGAUGGCGAACACCAAGCUCAAGAAGAAGAAAAAAGGUGUAAUAGGCGUCAAUGGAUUGAACAAUGACGCAGGUAAUACCCAAGUUGUAUGUGACAUUUUAGUGGUCUGAGGACUGACCAAUUAAAAUACCGCUUUUCACUGGCGGUUCCGUUGAUCGAAAGCGCAGUGUUACAUUUUUAGCUUGUAAUUGGGUGUUUUCCCUAUUCCCUAUUGUUGAAAUGGUGAACAUCAAAAAAGCAAUGAAUCAUUCCGUGUUAAAUGGGAAAGCUGACUGCGAACAUCAGUCCCCGUUUAUUUAUACAAAUACACACACUCGGGUACUGCAAAGGCAGUGAAGCAGGAACAAUGGAACAAGCUCCAAGUAUACUAAUUUGAUCGAUAAGGAAAUAAAGAUGAUAUCGUUAGACGAAUACUUUCUUUUUCAGUCCUCAUUUUAAAACUUGGCUUGUCUGUUUGUAAGCAUUCUUGUCCUUGUUAAUUUUAACCAACUGACCGUGCUUUUCACUUACUUGAGUCUUUUUAUUUCCAGCCUUGAUCCACCGUCACGCCGGAGUGCUGGGCCUAGCAAGUUGUGUCCAAGCCUUUCCGUACGACGUCCCCUCUUGGAUGCCACAAAUUUUGCUGGAUCUUGGCGAGCAUCUGCAUGACCCGCAUCCAAUACAGGUAAGGCGGCUUGCCCUCGUCCUCCAAAACACGUGACAUUAGGGCAUUUCACGUCGUAACUGAGCAGAGGACGACGACGAAAUGUAUCAAAUCUGAAAAAAGUGUGAGAUGUAUUGUUUUGUCGAUGCUGUUGCCUUCGUCUUGGUCGUUGCGUAAACUUUUCUUAUUUUCUCACUCCUCCUCCCCGCCUUUCUUUCUCUUCUUUUCCUUUUUUUUUGUUUUUUUCUUCUCAUUAUCAUCGUCCUUCCUCUUAUCAUCAUAACCACAGUCUUCCUUCUCCUCCUUGUCGUCGUCGUCAUCGUCAUCGUUAUCGUCGUUAUCAUCAUAAUUAUUGUCAUCAUUAUCAUCGUCAUCAUCAUCAUCAUUAUCAUUAUCACCAUCAUCAUAAUCACUAUCCUCCUCGAUGUCAGGUCGGUCGAUCUUGUAAUAGAAGCUUCCCGUUUCCUGCCUUCAUCUCUACCUCUAUUCAUAAACCUUAAAAUGAUCUAACUGAUGCCUUUUUUCUUGGUAAAGAAUGAUUUAUGUUAUUCUUUUGUAGGGGAAUAAGGGGUGCGGGAUGGAGGAAGAGAGUUUAUAAAUAGAGCUAGAAAUAUAACAAUUCAAAAGCAAGUUUUUAAGAAUUAGGCGUACUUCGCUUAUCGUGUUUUUUUUUUCUGCUUCUGUAGGCAACAGUAAAGAAAGUGAUGUCGGACUUCCGUCGAACUCACCAUGAUAAUUGGCAGGAACACAAACAAAAAUUCACUGAGGAUCAGCUUUUGGUGCUGACAGAUCUUUUGGUCUCGCCAUGUUACUACGCUUAAAUGGCUCGAGUUGCUUUGAACGAAAACUCCACAAAGGACUUAGCACUGAUGUCUGCUGAUGACAACAGAACUGUUUCUUCCGCAAAACACGUUGCUCUUGUCAUAAGAAGCCCUUCUGACAAAUUCCAGAAAAGGAUUUACAGUAGUGACGACAUCUGCGUUCACGAUCCCUUUUUUCCUACGAUAAUUGCCCUGUGUUGAAGGAGUUUUUUUCUAUCGUCGUUUUGUUGUCGUAUGAUCAACUGCUGAAAGUUGUGAUGUUAGCAUGCGUCUUUUCUACACCUGGUUUGGGUCACGCAGGCAGGUUCUGUGGAAAGUCACGCUAUAUAUUUUGGUUCCAGUUUUGAAAACGCAAUACUUGCUAAGUGCGUGACACAGACACUCCGGUAGCCAUGCAGUCACCUUAAGAGUUACAGUCACGCAAAUCCAUUAAACACCGCUGUCACGCGCUUGUAUCAUUAUUGUCAAAUCUUAUUAAGGGGACCCAUCGCUUUUCGACAAUUUGAAGUUCUUUUUAGGAUGGAACUCAAGCCACUGGCACCAAAAUCGGUCAACUGACCACAUUGAAGAUUUAGAAUCGAAUGAUCUGUAUCAUUGUAAACCAAGGGUCUUUUGAUGCUCUGCGUAGCUUUAUGGUUUUAUGAUUUUUUGAAAGGUAGCGAGGUCUUCAUCUCUGAAGAGUUCCCGUAGUCUUGAAGAAUUAAAGAAACUUUUCAAAUUUUAAUUUGUAGAUUUUCCAAAACGAACAGAUUCAUAUCAUAUGGCUUUGAAAGGGGUUUCAUUUGAAUGGUAUCAUUGCAGAAUUUCUUCCCUAUCUGACCCUUAGGCUGAAGCUUUAGAACUACAUAACUAGUCUACACUCUGGAAGAAAAGAGAACAGUUAUUUAAGGAUAAAAAUGUUAUCUAAGGUCUUUACUUUAUUAUUGACAGCCAAAGAUUUAUUUACAGAAAAUGUUACAGUUUACUUUUGUAUUAAGGUGCAUGGCCACCUUUUAUACCCUCCUCCUCCCCCUAUUGCUGUCCAAAUCUUGAACAACUGACGGAAAAAAAUGGACUGUUUGUUAGAGAUAAAUAAACGGUAAUACAACAUUUUUGGUACUCGACAGCUGGCUAAAGCCGCCAUGGACAAGCGAUAUGAAAUUAAAAGUUUCUUUAGCCUUCCACGCUGACGCAGACGUUUUUUCCCCGCUUUACGAAGCCCUAAGAACGUCAGUGCGCAGGGGAGGCUAAAGAUUGCAAAAGGUUGCAAAUUUAGCUGUUUGUAUUGUUGAGCACCUUUCGACAUGGGCUGGAGACGAGUUUCCAGCGCGAAGUCUACGGAACAGUUGAUACGAAAAUAGCUCAGUGACAGUGAGUUUCUAGCAACUCCACUUCAACCGUUCUGCAAACCUCCAGACAAAUCAUUUCUUUGCGACACUUUGAC